AGACAGACAGAGUAACCUUUGAGGCUGCCGGAGUGAGCCGCUCGCACACACGCGCGUGCCAUGCCCAGUUUGGAUUCCAGCGCUCUGGGGACACGCUCACCGGCCAGGCUCUGACUGAUGCAAUGGUUGCUGCCCGCGGCCUCCGUGUUCCCUGCGUCCUGCUGCUGAUCCCAGGGCUAUGCGUGUCCUUCAACAUCGACGUGAAGAGACCCCAGAUCUUCCACGGCCCGUCAGAGGCUCAGUUUGGCUACAAAGUCCUGCAGCACGAAGCCGGAGGGCAGAAAUGGCUGCUGGUGGGGGCACCGUGGGAGGGCACGGCCGACGACCGGAGAGGGGACGUCUACAAGUGCGCCAUGGGAUCCAGGAACCGCUCCUGCAGCCAGGUCCACUUAGGUGACACUGCCCUCCGCAACGUCUCCAAGCAGAUCAAGAACAUGCACUUUGGGAUGACACUCGUGGACAACAAAGGCGAAGGGUUUGUGGCCUGUGCCCCGCUCUGGUCCCAGGAGUGCGGCACCUCCAUGUUCAGCACGGGCAUUUGCACCAAAGUGGACAGCGACUUCCGCCCGACCAAGACCAUUGCUCCCACAGCUCAAAGGUGCUCCACCUACAUGGACAUUGUGAUUGUCCUGGAUGGUUCCAACAGCAUCUACCCUUGGUACGAGGUCCAGAAUUUCCUCAGUAACAUCCUCAGCAAAUUCUUCAUUGACCCGGAGCAAAUCCAGGUUGGGGUGCUUCAGUAUGGGGAGAAAGCGGUCCACGAAUGGAGCCUGCAUGACUACCAGACGGCGGAGGAGGUGGUGGAGGCCGCAAAGAACAUCAGCCGGCAGGAGGGCAGGGAGACGCGUACGGCGUUCGCUAUACACACGGCCUGCACGGAGGCCUUCAGCCUGGAGCAUGGCGGGCGGGAAGGAGCCACCAAGCUGAUGAUCGUGGUGACUGAUGGUGAGUCCCACGACGGGGACGAGCUGCCGGGGGCCCUGGCUGAGUGCGAGAAGCGCAACAUCACGCGCUACGCCAUUGCGGUCCUCGGGCACUACAUUCGUCGGCAACAGGACCCCGAAUCCUUCAUCCGUGAGAUCAAGUACAUCGCCAGCGACCCCGACGAGAAGUAUUUCUUCAACGUGACGGACGAGGCAGCCCUCAACGACAUCGUGGAUGCCCUGGGGGACAGGAUCUUCAGCCUGGAAGGCACUCAUGGCUAUAACGAGAGCUCCUUCGAACUGGAGAUGUCCCAGAUUGGCUUCUCCACACACCUCCUGGAGGACGGGAUCCUGUUUGGCACCGUGGGAGCCUAUGACUGGGAUGGGGCCGUGCUCAAGGAGAGCCGCCAUGGCCGCAUCGUGCCCCCUCGGCAGGCCUUUGCCAAGGAGUUCCCCCUGGAGCUGAAGAACCACGCCGCCUACCUCGGCUACACCGUGUCCUCGGUGCGGCUGCGAGGCGGCCGGCGGCUGUACGUGGCCGGAGCCCCCCGAUUCCAGCACAAGGGGAAGGUGAUCCUGUUCGAGAUGAGCAGCCGGGGCAGUGUGGCCAUAUCCCAGGCCCUCACUGGGGAGCAGAUCGGCUCGUACUUCGGCAGUGAGGUGUGUCCCGUGGACGUGAAUGGGGACGGGGUCACUGAUGUCCUGCUGGUGGCCGCCCCCAUGUUCCUGGGGGAGCAGAGCAAAGAGACUGGCCGGGUUUAUGUCUACAAAGUGGGGCCGCUGCUCCUGAUGCCCAACGGGACACUGGAGGCCGAGCGGAAGCCGCAGGACUCGCGCUUCGGCUACGCCCUGGCCGCGCUGCCGGACCUCAACCACGACGGCUUCAAUGAUGUGGCGGUGGGAGCGCCGCUGGAGGAUGGGCACCGGGGGGCUGUGUACCUCUACUACGGUGCCCGUGGCACUGUCCUCCCAACCUACAAGCAGCGCAUUGAAGCCUCCUCCUUCCGCCCCGGCCUGAGCUACUUCGGGCGCAGCCUGGAUGGGCAGCUGGACCUCGAUGGGGACGCCCUGGUGGACCUGGCCGUCGGGGCCCAGGGCGCUGCCGUGGUGCUGAGGUCCCGGCGGAUCGUGCAGGUGGCCAUGGCACUGGCUGUGACGCCGCCGUCCAUCAGCGUGCUCCACAAGAGCUGCCAGCGCAGCGGCAAGGAGGCCGCCUGCCUCAGCGCCGAGCUCUGCUUCCAGGCCGCGUCGCGGGCACCCAAGAGAGGAGAGAGGCACUUUGGGCUCCGGUACAAUGUGACGCUGGACGAGCGGAGGCCGGGCGCCCGUGCCGCCUUCGAUGACGCCUCCCAGAAGCGCACGGUGCAGAGGCGGCUCCGGGCGGCCGUGGGGCGCAGGGUCUGCCAGAGUCACCCCUUCCACGUCUUCGACACAACCGACUACCUGCGCCCCGUCAGCCUCACGGUCAAGUUCGAGCUGCUGGAUGCCGAGGGGGCGCCUGUGCUGGAUGAGAGCUCGCCCACCACCCUCCGCAAGCUGGUGCCUUUCUUCAAAGACUGCGGGGAGGACAACGAGUGCGUCACAGACCUGAUGCUCCAAGCCAGCAUGGACAUCGCCGGCUCCAGGCAGGAGCCGUACAUCGUGCGCAGGGGCCGGCGCAAGGUGCUGGUGGACGCAACGCUGGAGAACAAGCAGGAGAACGCCUACAACGCCAGCCUGGCCCUCGCCUUCUCCACCAACCUCCACUUCUCCAGCCUGGCGCUCAAGGGGGAUGCCCCCCCCAAGGUGGAGUGCACGGCCCCCGCGCCCCACGCCCGCGUCUGCGCCGUCAGCUACCCUGUCUUCCGCGCCCUGGCCAAGGUCGCCUUCAUCCUCGAGUUCGAGUUCAGCUGCUCCUCCCUGCUCAACCGGGCCCAGGUGAAGCUUGUGGCUGGCAGUGACAGCCUGGAAGCGAACGAGACCCUGCGGGACAACACGGCCGAGCUCUUUGCCUACGUCCGCUACGAGCCCGACCUCUUCCUGUCCAGCGAGGCCGCCCUGACGCGCUACGAGGUGCACCUGGGGAGCCCCUUCCCCAACGGCAUCGGGCCUGAGUUCCAGACCACCGUGAAGGUGCAGAACCUGGGCUGCUACCCCGUCAGCGGCCUGGCCCUCCGCAUGGCCCUGCCAGCUGCAGGAUACCAGAGCCGCCCCUUCCUCUCCAUCACGCACAUCCUAGCCAACAACGUGACGUGCAGCCUGCAGAACGUGACAGCGGCCACAGCCCCACUGCACCCUGCCAAUCUUGCCCACGAAGACAGGCUGAACUGCAGCAACACGUGGUGCCAGGCCGUGACGUGCGAGCUGGCGCCGCUGGAGAAGGGCGCCGAGGUCUCCGUGCAGCUGCUGCGUGUGAUCCACAAUGACUUCUUCCGGCGGGCCAAGUUCAAGGCUGUGAAAAUCGUCAGCAUGUUUGCCCUGGUGGCCGAGGAGCGCAGCGUCCUUGUACUGGAUGAAUCAGUGCAUCGAUGGGAGACGGUCCUGGAGAUCAUCCAGCCCAAGCGCAUCCCUGUCUCCUUGUGGAUCCUCAUCGGCAGCAUCGUGGGGGGGCUCCUGCUCCUGGCGCUGAUCAUCUUCUGCCUGUGGAAGCUCGGCUUCUUCGCUCACAAGAAGCCCCAGGAGGAGGAGGAGAAGGAGGAGCAGUGACCACAGCUCCCGGUGACAGACUCUCCACUGCCGCCUGCCAGCCCCAGGGACAGCCAAGGGCAGAUGUGCCACUGCCUCGGCCACCCAGCUCUGCCCAAGGCCCACAGCCCCUUGGACUCCUGCUGCCCCUGGGGCUGGACCUGUCCCUGCUGGGGCUCACCCCUUCCACCCGGGACCUAGGGGUGCCAGGACGGGGCUCUUCCCCCCAGCAGUGCCCCCAAGCUACAUCCAGCUGGGCGAGAGCCUCGAAUGUGGUGCCAAUCAGUGGGAAGCCAGCUCAGGGCACACACCGGGACUCUAGAGAAGCCUCUCGCCCACCCACCCAGGCCCCCGCUGCAGCACAGACAUGAGGAAGCCAGUCAGCCCUCGCUCACGGCCCUGUGCACAGGGUGGAGAUGGACCAGGCCUGGCCGAGGAUCCGCAAUAAAAGCCUGCAGCGUG